CCCCUUCCCUCUUAGACCACGCCUUCCGAGCCAGCUGGUGUGAUGUAGUUGUGCUUCCUUCCUUCCUUCUUGGGGAGUCAUGGAGCAGGAAGACCUGGAGCCUGGGUCCCAAGGUUGGCUAGGCGGCUGGUUGCCCGCCUGGCGCCCCACCUCCAUGUCGCACCUCAAGAAUGUAGAAGCUCGGAUCUUGCAGUGCCUCCAGAACCGAUUUGUGACCCGGUACAUCUCCAUCCCCAACCAGUCUAAGAUCUGGACUGUGUCACUCUCUCCGGAACGGGCCAAAGGGCGCACUCCCCUGGUGAUGGUGCAUGGUUUUGGUGGAGGUGUUGGCCUCUGGAUCCUCAACCUGGAUCAACUGAGCAGCUGUCGCCCUGUCCAUGCUUUUGACCUUCUUGGCUUUGGACGCAGCUCCCGACCCCCCUUCCCCCGUGACGCUCAAGGGGCUGAGGAGGAGUUUGUGAGCUCCAUUGAGGCCUGGCGCCGGGAGAUGGGCAUCCCCAACAUGAUCCUGCUUGGCCACAGCCUUGGGGGCUUCCUGGCUGCUUCCUACUGCUUGCAGUACCCAGAGAGGGUGAAACACCUCAUCCUCGUGGACCCCUGGGGCUUCCCAAUGCGGCCAACUGAUCCAGCUCAGGUCCGUACCCCUCCAACCUGGGUCAAGGCUGUGGCCACAUUGCUGGGACGAUCUAACCCUCUGGCUGUGCUCCGAGCAGCAGGACCGUGGGGUCCUGGACUGGUGCAGCGCUUCCGUCCAGACUUUAAGCAGAAGUUUGCCGAUUUCUUUGAGGACGAUACCAUCUCAGAAUACAUCUACCACUGCAAUGCUCAAACACCCAGUGGCGAGGCAGGGUUCAAGGCUAUGACAGAGGCGUUAGGUUGGGCCCGACGCCCCAUGUUGGAGCGUAUCCACCUGAUUCGCCGUGACUUGCCUAUCACCCUCAUCUACGGUGCCAAUUCCUGGAUUGAUACCAGCACUGGGGAGAAAGUCAAGCACUUGCGACCAGGGAGCUAUGUCUGUGACAUGGCUAUUCCGGGUGCCUCACACCAUGUCUACGCCGACCAGCCCCAUGCCUUCAAUGCUGCUGUGAAACAGAUCUGUGAUGCUGUUGACUGACUACACCUGGAACAGAAAGGAAAAGAUGAUCCUUCCUUUUUUGCAGGCCUCUCUCCCCAGAGCCCAGUUGCUGGGACAUGCACAAGGCGCUCCAUGCUUCCCAAGGAGCAGAGACAUCAGCUCCUCUAGAGUCAGUUGCAACUUGGUCUUGGAGGAUACCUUGCCUCUACCCUCACCCUUGCUUGACUUCCCCCUGAAACUUUAUUCUAUUUAAAGGUUGCAGGCCACCUGUGUUGGGUUAACUUAGACUCAAAUGGUUUUAUUUUAUCCCAAUGUCUCCUUGCUUCUUGGUUUGUUUUAUACUGUGCCUCUCCUGACCUGUCCACACAUUGCUUUCCUCAUAACUAUCUUUCAUUGUCAUUCUCCUCCUCCAUUUUCUCAGCUGUUGUUUCUUUUCAUUUGUUUUCAGUUCUUUGUUUUCCUGCAGCACCACUCACAGUAUUUUUGUGCCACAGAAAGCUAUUGUUAAUUUCACUGAUCAGUGGGCCAUGUAAUAGUAAACACGGAAAUGAGGUCUCUUUUUGGGAGGCAAUAGAAUGCAGAGUUUUAUUUUCUUUCUUGUAGAAGAUUAUAUUUUGUUGAUCCAUUUAGUCAAGACAUCUUGGUUUGUGAAGCUGGAAGCAGUCUGAUAGCUUCUUUUUGGUAAAGGCCAUCUUUAACCUCACCUAAGUCAAGGAGAUGGCUUGGACUGAGAGUGAAUAAUGGAUCAUUGCUUUCAGUUCCCUCCCUCCCUCCCUCUUUCUUUCUGUCUCUUCCUCCCACCUCCAGAGCAUACCAGUCUAUCACAGUAGACUCUUGAAUGUUAGUUGAUACCAUGUCUGUGGAUUAUGUCAUGUCUGUUCCAUAGUGGAAGAGCAUUAGCAGAAUGUGACAUAGACAUGACAAGAGACUCUUGGCCAUUGUGUGCCAAUGUGGAAGGCUGCCCAUGGCUUCUGAUGUCAAACAAAAGGACGAUGACAGAAGCUUCAAGUUGCUACCUCAUGUUAGGUUCAGGUAGCUGAGAUGGGGUGAGAAGGAAAUGCUGAUCCCCAGCUUUCACCUGAGGUCAAGAAGACAGGAAGAUCACCAGUUGUUCAACUAUGGUGUAGAGGCCUGGCAAAUCCUUCCCAGGCUAGUGGAGGACCAGAGAAGCUUGAGAUCCUGGAAUAAUGGGUGUCCUUCUAAGACAGGUGUGCAAACUACAGCCCUCCAGGUGUUGUUGAAAUCCCACCAGCCUUAGCCUGCAGAGCCAGUGGUCAAGAAUGCUGGGAGCAAACAUCUGGAGGGCUGCACUUCACUCAACCUGGUUUCAAGAGUUGAAUUUCCUGGCUGAGUAAAGCAGGAGGCAACUUCAUAUUAACAUAAUACCAUCCAUUAUGUACAGGGCUACCACUGUUUGUCUGGUUUAGUGCCCUCAGCCCCAACCAUUUCUGGUCUCUCACAUUUAUAAAAGAGAACAUGUUGUUCCUCUGUAGUUCCUUGGGGGUGAGAAUUCCAUGAUUAAAAACACACACGCUUGUGUGAAAAUUUGGGUGGAAUUCACCACAGUUUGUUCAUAUACUUUAUUCAGUUUUGGCAAAUGCAGGGGGCAGAAAUAUUUCAGUAACAAUCAAAACACUUUGUGACUUUUCUUGGCGCGACCGGUGAAGGAGAUGCACAGUGCCUGUUUUUACAGCAUGUAAAAAUUCAAUCUCUUCUGCUAUGCUGUCUCACUGCCCCAUCUAGUGGUGGCAAAGUUGGGCAAAGGAAGUCUCCAAUAGAUGCAAGCUUGUGGCUAAGCCUAAGUAGUUAGCCUGGGCUUUGCGUUGCCACCUAUGAAAUCCAUCCCUCUGUCUUAUACAAAGUGAUUCAAAAAGAAUGGUGCAAAACGUAAGCUGUUCUUAUUCAGUUUUGCACCAUUCUUUUUGAAUUGCCCUAUAUACACACAUGUCAACACCACACAGUCUCGACCAAGUGCCACUUUGGUGAGGGAAAAAAUCCUCAUGAUGCUUUAGUUUUAUUUCUAAUUUAUAAGGCAUUACUUGUCAUUGGGCGUCUUGUAUCCUGAGCUCUAUCCCCCACUGCAUGAAGCUUUGGCUGAGGUGGGGGAGAUAUGAUUAAUGGAGGCACUGAAAGAUUUGUCCCUGUCUCCUUGGGCUUACUGGGAGUUAUGGCCUUUUCUUUAUAUUUUUGGUAAAGCGCGUGUGCAAUGGCUCUGCGGUGCCAUAUUAAUGCCCUCUCUAACAUGAGAUGUGGGAGCAUGUUUGCUCCCUUCUCUUAAUCCCUUGCAUUUGUGGUGCUUUGUAUAAAACUGACUUUGGUUUGUACUAAAUUUUGUAUGUUUAAUAAAAUGAUUGUUCUAAGAAA